AGCAGGGCAGGUGAGGUGGACGGUUGCGGCGGUCGGCCGGGCUGGGUGGGACCUCGUGUUGGGCCGGGUCGCCGGCCGGCCCGGGCGGGGUGGGCGCCGCUGCUAGGUGGCGCUGGCGGAGGUGCACCCGGUGACGCCGACGCUCCCCGGCGCGGCGCGCGGCCCCGCUCCGCCACCGCCGCAGUCGUGCCGGCGCGUUCGCAGGGAGAGUGGGAGCGUUUCGGAGCCGACAGUCGACCGGCAGUGAGUCUGUGACGAGAGUGGACCCCGGACCGACCGAGGAGAUCAGCAGGAUGGCUCGACUCGCACUCUGGCUGCUGGCGCUGAAUCUGCUGCUGGCAGGAUGUGUGGCCGACUACGACUACAUCUACGACGAGGAGAGCCAGGAUGAGGAGGAGCUCACGCACGUGCCGUCCUUCACCAGCGUGCCGCAGAACGUUGACGUCAUGAAGGGCGACAGCAUCACGCUGCCCUGCCUCGUGGAUCAGGCUGGCCCCACCAUUAUAUGGAAGUCAAUACUGGAGGACGGCAACGAGCGCGUCUACUUCAUGGCCAACAUCCCGAUGACCAAGGACGACCGGUUUAAGCUGGAGCAGACUGGUGACAAGGGUAGCAGUCUGGUCAUCAGCCGACUGCAGCCGGGCGAGAGUGGAGCCUACAUCUGCCAGGUCUCCUCCAACCCGCCCGUCUCGCUGCGGCACACCGUCAACGUCCGAUAUCCUCCCAUGGUGAAGGCUUCUCCUGAGGACGGGGUGCUGGUGGCGCGACAGGGCACGACCGCCUCCAUGGCGUGCACGGCCUCCGGGAACCCCACACCGACCGUCACCUGGACCAAGAAGGGCGGCCUGCUGCCGGGCGGCAAGAAGAAGAUGGAGGGCGCCAAGGUGGCUAUCGACAAGGUGGAGCGCGCCCACAUGGGCACCUACAUGUGCACCGUCGAUAACGGAGUCGGCGACGCCGUGGUCAAAACCUUCCGGCUGGAGAUCAACUCGCCGCCGGAGAUUGAGGCGGUGACCAAGGUGCACACCGGGGCCGGAUACGAGGCACAGCUGAUCUGCACCGUGCACGGACAACCCCUGCCGACCGUCAGCUGGGCACGGAUGGGCGACAAGACCGUGGACAAGAUGCGCCACGUGCAGCAGCACGAGGGCGCCCAGUACAGUCUGACCAUUGACGAGGUGCGGGACUCGGACCUCGGCCAGUACGUGUGCCGGGCGCGCAACGACUACGGCACGGCCAACGCCGCCAUUGAGCUCACAGGUCAGCCGAAGGAGGUGCUGAUGACGUCACCAGCCCACGGCCGGGAGAAGGACUCGUACACGCUGCGCUGGAACGUCGAGAGCUACGCGCCCAUCGAGGAGUACAAGGUCACCUACAAAAUCGCCCAGACGAACAACAGCAGCCCCAAGCAGCAGUGGGAGCAGAUUACAGUUCCGGCGCCGGCCAAAGAGGGCAGCACGGUCGUGUACUCACACCUGCAUGAGCUCAGGAACCUGGCGCCGGCCACCGCCUACGAGGCCGUCGUCACGGCCAAGAACAAAUACGGCUGGAGCGAGGAGCCCAGCCGGCCAUUCAAGCUCUAUACACUCGGCGCACACUACACCGCUGCAGAUCUGGUCGGAGGCGAGGCGCUCGGGUCGACCGACCCCAACAGCGCGGUGUCGACACGGAGUGGCGCGCUGACGGCGGUCACGGCGCUCCUCUGCGCGCUGCUCGCCGUCUUGUGAACGGUCCCACCGCACCCAUAGGUUACGCUUUCACUUGCGCCAGCGCCCGUCGGAGUCAGCAGUCCCACGGGCCGGCUUCGGCUUCGGGUCCGCGGCGGCGCGAGUCCAGAGCCAGAGCCGACUAGUCCAGCGCGGGAUCGAGCGUCCGGCGCGGUCGCCAAGUGCGACAGAGCCGCUGACGCGGAUGAAACAGCCGCCAGCGCCGCUACAGAGGGAGACUGCGACCCAGAGCGAGACUCUACGCCCGAAACCGGCAGAGUGAGGCUCUGCGACCCAGAGCGAGACUCUACGCCCGAAACCGGCAGAGUCCCGAGCGGCGCGGCGUGUUUCAGAGCCGCUGGACGGUCUCAGCGGUCGGUGCAGAGUGCUAAUGAACAGUCAGUCCAGACUGACGUCCGGCCCGCGGCUGAGGUCUGACGCCCAGUCGCCGAGACGGUACGAACUCGACGUCACAAUAGUCUCGAACGGGCCGAGCGCCGCCGAAUUUCGCCGCCAGGGGCGCUAGUGUCGCGCGCACGGCGAGGACCGAGUGGCCCGAGUGAAACCCGCUACAAAUGUGGAACGUCUGUGCGCUAUGUUUGUGCGUGUGUGUGUGUUGGUGUACGUGAGCGCAUGCGUGCAUAUGGUGGUGAUACGUGGUGCCUGCGACGCAGACGCGUCCGGCCGCUUUGUGUCAAAAUUAUUCGCUUCGCUUCGCGGUGGUUGACGAGGCGGCAGUGCCGUGCUGACGAGUGACGGACGCGCCACGGACAGACAGGUGGCGACAUAACGGGCAGCUGCACGGACCUACUGCCGGGGGACGGCCACGGAGCGCGCUGAACUGGGGCCGCCCGGCCAGCGCCGCGCCCGCAGAGCCUAUUUAUGCAACCAUCCGGGCCAGCUAGUACAUGAUGUAGCUCUGUUAUGUUCCUUAUGUUUGCUUUAAGCAAUACUGUACUUUGAUUUUUGAAAAUAAAGAUUCCUGAGCUGUUUCGAGUGAAA